UGACGGACUGCUCGGGACGGACGUUGACAGAGAGUGGAAACUUUGCGAUAAACCCUCGGUUACACCCGUAUCUUUUGCCGAGGCUCUUAUCUUGUGAAGUUGUCUUAUCGGGCAUAUGCGUUGAAUCUUAUCGCUAGCACCAAAAAGUCGGGGAAAAAGUAGUGAAAAGCAGUCGCCUCAGUGUGACAAAAAUUGGUUGGAAUUCAAUGUGUUUCUCCGCAGCUCGUCCAUGCUAUGCUGCUUUAGUAGGAUCGGGAUCAAGAGCAAGGUAACAGGCAACGGACGAUCGCAGCACUACAUGUUCCACAACUAGAGGGAGUUUUCCGACCCAAGGAUUAAUUAAGGACACCAUCCCAUUCCAUUAUGCCGCUGUUCACGAGAAAAUCACCCAAGCAGGGACCCACUGUGGACGGGGGCUCACAGUUUGGUAGUCGAUCCUCCAUGAAUUCGGGAUCCUCACAGGGCAGCCACAUCAGCAAUAACAAUAACAACAACGGCACUCCGGAGAAGUCAAAGCCACCACUGGUUUUCCACUGCCAACUGGCCCACGGCAGUCCCACAGGCCUCAUCCACGACUUUUCCAGCGUUCGAGAGCUAUAUCAGAAGAUCGCCGAGUGCUUCGAUAUAUCCGAGAAGGACAUCCUCUUCUGCACCCUCAACUCGCACAAGGUGGACAUGACGCGUCUGCUGGGCGGUCAGAUCGGCCUGGACGACUUCAUCUUUGCCCACCGCAAGGGUCGGCCCAAGGAGAUCGAGAUUGUAAAGUCGCAGGAUGCCCUGGGCCUGACGAUCACGGACAAUGGAGCCGGCUAUGCCUUUAUCAAGCGGAUCAAAGAGGACUCGAUCAUCGAUCGCAUAGAGCACAUCUGCGUGGGCGAUCACAUCGAGAAGCUGAAUGGUCAGAACAUGGUGGGCAAGCGGCACUACGAGGUGGCGCGCAUGCUCAAGGACAUAGCCACCGGCGAGACGUUCACCCUGCGCCUGGUGGAGCCGGUGAAGAGCGGCUUUCAGGGCAUCGGACCGCGCAGCCAGUCGAGGGCGUCGGGCAGCGGAUUGGCCGGUGGACGCAACUACGGCAGCGGCAAGGAGACGCUGCGGUUCAAGGCCAAUGGAAAUGCAGAGAUCGAGCCGAAGUUCGAUGAGGCGACAGUGGCCGGGAUCGAGGCCAUCAACAACCUGCUCGAGUCCUUCAUGGGCAUCAACGACACGGAGCUGGCGUCGCAGAUCUGGGAUUUGGGCGACCAAAAGUCCAACUCGAUGGACUUCGCCGAGGCCAUCGACAACUCGGACCUGGAGUCCUUCGGCUUCACGGAUGACUUUAUCAUCGAACUGUGGGGUGCCAUAACGGAUGCCCGGCGCAAGUCCACGACCAGUCCCAAGUAAUUGGGCUUCUGUACCAGAGCUAGAGUUUGCCUGCUUAUUGUUGGGGUCCAAUAAAACCAUUGAAACGA